AUGGGCGUCAUCGGGAACGCCCUGCUGUUUACCAUGAUGCGAGACAAGAAACUGAAGAGCCUGUCUUAUUCCGUGUACUUGAAGUUGUUAUUUAUUUCUGACAGCGUCCUGCUCUCCAUAAAGAUCCUACAGGAAACUGAGCGGACGUUUGCCCUACGGUCUCUCGCGUCAAUCAACAUCGGCUUGUGUAAAAUCCUGUUCGGGAUCAAAUUCCUAAUAAUGGUUCUUUCUCCGUGGCUCAUGGUCGGGCUUACGCUUGAUAGAUAUGUCUGUGUCUGUUUCCCGCUGACGAGAGAGAUACUUUGUACCCGGAUGAAGGCUAUUGCCGUCUGCUUGUGCAUACUCGUCCUGGCCGUUGCGUUGACUGUGCCCUUUCUGGUAGAAAUGAAGCUGGUGCGAGGUAAAUGCGCCACUUCAGAGGGGAUAAGAUACUAUUUUAUAUUCACUCGACUGAUGUUUUCCUCCAUUCUGCCCUGCCUGGCUAUUCUAGUGUUGAACAUCCUCAUUAUCAUUCACAUCCACCGAAGUCACAAUUUUCGGAGCAUGUUUAUGAGGUCAGGAAAUAAAUCCUCGAGUCGUAAGCUGGACAGUUCAACAAGCCCUCUGGUGUUGGUUUCCGUGUUGGCUUUCGUCACCUUGUUACCAGCGUCACUUGCGGAAGCUGCGGAAGUUUCGCUGAUCAUACUGAAAGCAAACGUAAGAGCUAAGGCACUACUAAGUAAAUUCUGGGCAUUCUUUGUCCUACUCUACCUUCUAAAUUUCGGACAGAAUUUCUACAUUCUGAUAGCAAGUUCGUCAAACUAUCGAAACAUCAUCAGAGAUCGCCUGGCCUGCUACUGUCUGAAAAGGAAUCGAAGGAAUCAACAGUCAAGCUAG